UCCCGCGGCCUGCGCAGGCCCCCCUGGCGGGAGCCCCGACCCCCACCCUGCCCAGCCCCGGCUCGCACGCCUCCUCUCCGCUCCGCACUGCAACAGUUAGCAGCUGCCUCCGGAGAACGGCCGGGGGGCUCUGCUGGGUGCCGCGCCCCCCACCUCUGGUGCCCGGGAAGAGCCUCGAGCUGGGGCCGGGAAGGCUGGAGAGAAGCCUGGUGCCUUGGGAAAGGAAAAGGGCGCGCGGACUCGCGUUCCAGGCGGGGCCGGAGAGGAUCUCCUGCGUGCCGCUCGCCUCCCGGCCGGCUCGCCCGCCCGCCCGCGGUGGCCCCCUCGGCCCUUGGCUCGCGCGUCAUCCUCUCCCGCACCAGGGAGUAGUUUGGGGUGGCGUGGGCUCCGUCCUCCUCCUGGCUGGUGGGAACGGUGUGCCCGGGAGAGGAAGUGUGGUGGGCCCGGCCCCUCCCCGCCCAGUGCCGAUGAGUGCCCGGGCGCCCAAGGAGCUGAGGCUGGCGCUGCCGCCGUGUCUCCUCAACCGGACCUUUGCCUCCCCCAACGCCAGCGGCGGCGGCAACGCGAGCGCCCGUGGCCCGGGUGCCGGCGGCAGCGGCGGCGGCACCUGCAUCACGCAGGUGGGACAGCAGCUCUUCCAGUCCUUCUCGUCCACGCUGGUGCUGAUUGUCCUGGUCACCCUCAUCUUCUGCCUCAUCGUGCUGUCCCUCUCCACCUUCCACAUCCACAAGCGGAGGAUGAAGAAGCGGAAGAUGCAGAGGGCUCAGGAGGAGUACGAGCGGGAUCACUGCAGCAGCAACCGCGGCGGCCGGGGGCUGCCCCCAGCGGCGAGCGGCCGGGCCCCAGCCCCUGCCAAAGAAACCCGGCUGGAGAGGCAGCCCCGGGACUACGCCUUCUGCGCCCCCUCCGACGCCUCCUCUUCGUCUUCGGCCCCCGGCCUCCCGUGCCAGGGUCCCCGCGCUCCUCCUCCUCCACCACCGGCCCCCAGUCCGCAAGGAGCACACGCGGCCUCCUCCUGUUUGGACACAGCUGGCGAGGGCCUUUUGCAAACGGUGGUACUGUCCUGAUUGUUGAGCCCCUCUCUCCUCUCCUCUCCCUCAUGUCCAGCAUCUUGGCCUUCCUUGCUUUUAUCCCCCUCCGUCCUUCCCCUCCCACUUUUCUCUGGCUUCUCUUCCCUCUUCCUUCUUUCCGUCUC